ACCCGGAAAUUAGCCAUUGUUUGCAUCUUCAGUUAGCUAUGGCUCGCUCGCUGUCCAACCCCACCAAAAAGUUGUAUUUACGACAUAACUCGAGAAAAUGAGCGGUUCUUCUAACCAGAGGACUUUAUUUCAGACUUGGGGUUCGUCCGCGCCUCCACCCAACGUUGUUCAGCCUCCAAAAGAACGAAAAAAGGUCCCUGGACUGCGCAAAGAGAGUCAAAGCGGGACAGUCCAGAGACCUGCUGCAAAUCCACUAUGGGCUGAGCUCGGCUCUUUAAACCCAACAGACGCUCCGAAAGCGAGACAUCCCACAACAGAAACCCCCGAACCAUCUUUUUAUGAUGAUAAUGAAGAUGACGACCUCAUGGUGGUCGCUGUCAAUGAAGCUGAGGAGAACCUACAACAUGAUAAUGGCAGCUUACUCCAACAGGAUAGGACCCUGUCUCCCACUCCAUCAAGUGGAGAGAUCACCUAUCCAGACUUCCCUGGUUUUGACAGCUCCUCCGCGACAGUGUGGAUUUAUCCCACGAACUACCCGAUUAGGGAAUACCAACUCAACAUGUCGAAGGCCGCUUUGUUCCAAAACACCCUAGUGUGCCUUCCCACAGGUUUGGGGAAAACGUUCAUCGCCGCGGUUGUGAUGUACAACUUCUAUCGUUGGUAUCCAACUGGGAAGAUCGUGUUCAUGGCGCCCACCAAGCCACUGGUGGCGCAGCAGAUUGAGGCUUGCUACAACGUGAUGGGCAUCCCACAGGGUCACAUGGCAGAGCUGACUGGCAGCACAGCGGCUCACCGGAGACAGGAAGUGUGGCGCUCUAAGCGCUUGUUCUUCCUUACACCUCAGGUGAUGAUGAACGAUCUGUCCAGAAACACAUGCCCAGCCCUGCAAGUCAAGUGUGUGGUGAUCGAUGAGGCCCACAAGGCGCUCGGCAACCAUGCCUUCUGUCAGGUGAUCAGACAGCUCAGCAGUCAUACUCUGCAGUUCCGCGUGUUAGCCCUGAGCGCCACUCCAGGGGGAGACACCAAGUCGGUGCAGUCCGUGAUCUCCAAUCUGCUCAUCUCCCACAUUGAGCUACGCUCAGAGGAAAGCCCGGACAUCUUGGCCCACUCGCACCAACGCAGCGUGGAGAAGAUGGUGGUGCCGCUGGGGGAGGCGCUGACUGCCCAGCAGGCUCGCUACCUGCAGGUGUUGGAGAAGUUCAUGUCACGUUUGGUCCACAACCGAGUGAUGGCACAAAAGGAUCUUCAGAAUCUCUCCAAGUACCAGCUCAUCCUUGCAAGGGACCAGUUCCGAAAGAAUCCCCCAGCCCACCUCAAAGGACCACAGCAGGGAAUGCUGGAGGGAGACUUUGCCCUUUGCAUUAGCCUCUAUCAUGGCUACGAGCUACUCAUGCAGAUGGGACUCAGGUCGCUCUUCUUUUACGUUCAAGGGAUCAUGGAUGGCUCCAGGGAAAUGUCCCGGGCCAGGAAUGAGCUGCAGAGAACUCCCGUCUUUAUGGACCUUUAUCAUGAGAUGGAGGCAAAUUUCAGGAAGCCCCCUGGCGCAGAUGAACCUUUCAUUUAUGGUCACCCCAAACUGCAGAAAUUAGAGGCCGUGGUCCUGCAGCACUUCCGACUCUUGGUUGAGCGCGCGUCAGACAGUAAUGGUUCGGGUGCACAGGAAGCCACCACGCGGGUGAUGAUCUUUUCGUCCUUCCGUGACAGCGUGCAGGAGAUCGCUGCCAUGUUGAACCGCCACAGCCCGGUGAUCAGAGUCAUGACAUUCAUGGGGCAAUCGUCAGCAGGCAAAGGAGUCAGAGGUUUCACUCAGAAGGAGCAACUGGAGGUGGUGAACAGGUUCCGUCAGGGUGGCUUCAACACGCUUGUGUCCACCUGCGUAGGGGAGGAAGGACUGGACAUCGGCGAGGUCGACCUCAUCGUGUGCUUCGACGCGCAAAAGAAUCCCACCCGCCUCGUGCAGCGGAUGGGCCGCACCGGGCGUAAGAGGCAAGGACGCAUUGUGGUUAUCCUGGCUGAGGGCCGGGAAGAGAGGACGUACAACCAAAGUCAGAGCAACAAGCGUAACCUGAUGAAAUCCAUUGUGGACAACAAAAGGGGCUUCCACAUGUACCCCAACAGUCCCCGCAUGCUACCCGACUGUAUAACCCCCACGCUGCACAAGAUGCACAUCACCUCUGGCCAGUUUGACCACCGAAGCAGCAGCAGGCGGUCGUCAAGGGGUCGUCGUCGGUCAAACGCUCAGGAUGGGACCUCACUCAUCCACCCACAAAACUUUAUUUGUCAGGAGGCAGCUGCAUCAGGACCCUUCUUGAGCGACGCAGAGUAUUCAGUGUGGGUGUCCAAGAUGAAGCUGGCUGAUGAUGAAGCUCAACCGACAUUGAGGCUAUCAUCGAGCUUCCUGUCCCUUCCGCAUGACGUGCAAGCUCAGGAGAGCGCUCCCAGAGGCGGUGCACCCAUACGAGAGCUUUCUCUUUUGGAAUGGAGGCACUGGCAACAUCGGGCACUUCCGACCCAUGUUGUUGAUCACUCCCUGCGCUGCCAGCAUUUCAUUAAGGUGAUGCAGCUUGUCGACAGCAUGCGGGAGGAAAAUGAGGAGUACUGUGCUUAUGAGCAGGAGCUAUCGACUUAUCUGAACCAAGCUGACGCCAACGGCCAUCUGAAAAAGAUAACGAAAAACGCCUGCUCCAAAACCGUCAGGCAACCUGCAGCCGGUUUGGAACUACAACAAAGGAUUGAGGAAGCCAAGAAUGUACAAAGAUUAGCUGAUGAACUAAGGCCUCCUAUUUUUCCGUCUGUUGCGUCUCAGUUCGACAACGAGGAACCUGUACUCGAUGAAGAGGUCCUAAAAUUAGAUUCCCCUGACACUGAGGAGGUGCUGAUCAAUAGGGACAGUGAAGAAGACGUUGAACUUCAGGCCAUGUUCUAUCUCCCCAAAGUGGAUGCCUGUCCUCCCUCUUCCGGUAUCCCGAGAAGAGAUGAGAACCUCAAAGCCAUCUUGGCUAAUGUGGCUGAACUCCUGUCUCGAUCACCGCCACCUCAGGCGGAUUUAGACAUAUUAACGGUGGACUCCACGUGGCCUCCUCUUCCUGAUCUUCCUCUGGAGUUCCACAGCAACUUCACCUUGGAUGUCGAUGAAGAUGCUGAAGUCAUGGUGAUUCAUUCUGAUAGCUACUGUCCCGAGGCGAUGUUGGAUGUAUCUGCAGGAGAUGGGGAGAAAUUCCGUCAGGAACUGCAGCCUGCCAGUAGUCCAACCUGGGAUGAGGUCUUUGCGGAUCAAGACGCAAAUGAAGCCCGAGAAGCUAAUAACCGUGAGCAGAGUUUUGAUGCAGGAAAAGGAACAUCGUCGGACUCGAAAGCAAAUGCGCAGCCUGCGGCGGAAGCCCACCUGAUGGACGACAGCAUGGACCUGUUUGGAGAUGAUGAAGCCUUCCUGCAGAUGACCAUCCCGGACGUCCGCAAACCCGAAGACGCCGGUGUCACACCCCGGACUUCCCCCAGUGUGGAGGGCAUCGCAACCAGCGCCAUGCACACGUUGGCUCCCUUACAGACGCGUGACGCAGGAAUAACACAGGCAGCAGCAUCGCCGAGUUGUGCACCGAUGUCAAAGCAAACGGGAAGAGGUUCUCCUACAGUGUCGAAAAGUGCCGAGUCGCUUGACUGCUUGAACUUUGCUGUCAACUUCGACCUUGGCUAUUCCCUGGAGGACUCGGAGGAGGAGGAAGACGGGGUGUCAUUGAACACUACCUCCCCGUGGCCUCCACCUUUCCAGCAGGAGACCUCGCCACGUGCAUCCGUUCAUUCCUCCACGUCUUACAGCUUUCACAGACCCGCUGCACUUUCAUCCCACACCCUGUCCACGUCCUCCACACCUCCGAUUCUCCCGGGGCGGGCAAGCCCUCAUCUCGCAUCGCCGUUGACAUCCAAAGUGGGCCCGCUACCGUCCCCUGCAGCAUCACCGCAUUCUGCCGGCCCUCGCGCAGUUCGCCUCUCUCUCAGUACACUGAAGCGAAGACGACCAGAAGGUGGGCCAACGUCGGCAGUGGAAACGCAGGACGAGUGUGUCAUUGUGACCGAUUCUGACGUUCAUCAAGCAGAGUGCACCACAGACAGUGAUGAUGACGUUGUCGUCCAUCAGAGAAGACGUCCCAACAAGGUCAAUAUUUUGUCGUCUCCGGAGGCAGUGGUCGGAACGCGCACGCACAUGCACGCGCCCAACAAACGGACGUCAAACAUCUCUGAUGCAGACUCGCCACUCGCGAGGAGGAAACGCGUGACUGCAUUAAACACGUCUGAAGAAACCGAUGAUGACGAUGACUUCCAGACCCAGCGUGCGCUCGCAUGCAAAAGAUCGAUACAGCCGGUCCACCAGAGCAACGCCAAGCGCAACAAAUGCCGAAAGGGGCGUGAGUUCCUGGACGAGGAAGCGGCGCUGUCGGAGGACGAGGACGGGGCGGCGGUUUCGUCCGACGAAGACGAUGGAGACGAGCAGAACCGCUCUCUCGACGGCUUUGUGGUGGACAAUACACACCUGUCUCAGGGACUGAAUGACUCUGAGAUGUGCGGGAUAUACUUAAAGUCUGUGAGAAGCCCGGCUGUCCCUGGAAGGUUCAAAAUGUCCCACCAACAACUUCAUAACACCGAUAUCUUCUCUCAGGUGCCCGAGCAGGACGAAACCUACAAAGAGGAUAGUUUUGUGGUGGGAAGCCAAGAGGAGGAGGAGGAGGAGGAGGAAGAGGAGAGCGCAGAAGAAGCCGUGGAGCUGAUGCCGGAGGACUCGUUCGUGGACGGGAGGAGGCAAUACGCCACGCGACGCCGCGUCUUCUUGCACAAAGCCCGAGCAAAAGCCGACGCUUUGGCGAGUCGGGCAGAGCCGAGAAGCAAGUUUAGUCGUGUUCGCCGCUUGGUUGAUUCAAGCGAAGAGGAGGAAGGGGCAGAUGUUUCGGAACCCCCGAAGCCUGUCAAGCUUCCGCCCCAACAGAAAUCAUCCUCUUCCCUUUCUUCAACCAUCACACCCAAGGGGUCAUUGCUCAGCAGGGGGCUGAGGGAAGAACUCCAACCAGAGAGGAGUCGUCAGAGGAUAGAAAAUGAACAUGCCCUGUCGGACCAGCUGGAUUUUCAGACGGCCGAGUUAUCUGAUGCAUCUAAGACAGAGCCGCAGGACCCUACAUCCUGCAUCCCAGAUUCUGUCGGAGUGGUCCCGUCCAUCACAGAGACUCCGGUGUGCAUCCUGGUGGACGGUCGCUGCCUCUCCGGCGGCGUGGAACUUGUGACCAGCUUACGGCAACGUCAUGGCGCCGCCGUCCACGUGUGCUCGCUGGACAGCAGCUACUUCAUUGUCAGCGUUCGCAUGGCCGUGGAGAGGCAUGCCCAGUCAGAUCUGGCGUUCCUGCACAACCGCAAGCGGUUGGCGGAGAAACUGGGAAGCGUGCAGGAGCGCUUUGAGCGCGUUUGUUUGAUUGUGGAGAAGGACAGAACCAAGCCAGGUGAGGUGUCUCGUCCCUUCCAGCGCACGCGCUGCUACGACACUACCCUGUCGGCGCUGGUGCGGUCCGGCGUGCGGCUGCUGUGGAGCGAUGGACCCCAACAAAGUGCCACCUUGCUGGUCGAGCUGGCGCAACUGGAACGGCGCAAGGGGCAGGCUAUUGCCCCGCCCUCUACGGAGCUGAGCGGGCAGCACGAGCAGCAGGACCUUCAGUUUUAUUUGAGCCUGCCCGCCGUCAACUACGUCCAUGCGCUCAACAUGAGCCGCCGCUUCGGAUCCAUUGCCCAGCUCGUCAACAGCUCAGUGGAAAGCCUGGAGCGUGGAGGCGGCAUGAGUAGAGCGAGGGCCGAGAAGGUUUUCCGCUUCCUGCGUUACAACUGUGACUCCUUCCUUGUGGACAAAUCAGGAAAUGUCCCUGAGACGGUGACGCACACUCUCAAGAUCUAAUUACUUGGAUAUUUUCUUUGUCUUUAUUUUCCGACAGCUGUUGCUUUCUUACUCAUAGAGUGAGCGGUCGUUUGCACCUCGAGCGUCAUCAGGAUAUAAGCUCAAAACAUUUGCACAACAAACUUCUUACUUCAUUUAGUUCAGUAACAGGCAUACUAUUUAUUUUAUGGAACUUUUUAAAAUGUUGGGAGCAGCUUGUGCUGAUAGGAACUCAACAUGUGGCAUUAAAAUGUGAAUAUUGGUCAAAAAAUUAUUAUGUUUAUAUAUAUAUAUAUAAAUAUGUAAUAUCUAUAUAUAUGUAUAUUACAAUGUAAGUUUCAAUCAAUGUCAAAAGACUAAUAAAAACAGAUUUUUUUAA